CAGUGCAAGCAAGCAAGCAAGCAGCGCUCACCCACUCAGCUAACGAACCCGACCACCCCCCGAUUGCUCGGCAGCCAUGAACUGCGGAAGGGGUCCCGCUCCGGCCACCAUGGUGCGCUGCAGGCAGUGCAGCGCCAGCGUCGCCGCGCCGGCUGGCGCCCGUGCCGUCCAGUGCAUGCAGUGCUGCUGCGUGACCCGCGUCGGCGGGGCUGGGCGACAGCUCAGUGUGGUGCGCCCCAUCCCCAACUUCGGCGGUGGCCGCGGCAAGAAGCGCGCGGUGCUGGUCGGGAUCAAGUACACCAACACCCGCGCGUGCGAGCUCAGGGGCCCCAUCAACGACGUCAAGUGCAUGAGGUACAUCCUCACCGAGCGCUUCGGCUUCGCCAACGACUGCGUCCUCAUCCUCACCGAUGAGGAGAGGGACCCGUGCAGGCAGCCGACCAAGGCCAACAUCCGCAUGGCGAUGCACUGGCUGGUGCAGGGGUGCAGCUCCGGCGACUCCCUCGUGUUCCAGUUCUCCGGAGCGGGUGCGCAGGUCCCCGACUGCGACGGCGAUGAGCGGGACGGCAUGGACGAGGCCAUCUGCCCCGUGGACUCGUUCCAGCAGGGCCCCAUCCUGGACGAUGAGAUUAACCAGGCCAUUGUCCGCCCGCUCGUGCACGGCGUCAAGCUCCACGCCAUCGUCGACGCCUGCCACAGUGCCACCGUCCUCGAUCUCCCCUACCGGUGCACCUUCUCCAAGCAGUACGGGUGCUUGAGGUGGAUGGAUGAGCGCCCUCUGAACGGCGCCUGCAAAGGUACCAGCGGAGGCCAGGCCGUGCUCAUCAGUGGCAGCAGCAACGGAAAGACCCAGAUGAGCGUGCUGCCUGAGCCCAAUGCCACGAUUGGCGCCCUGACGCACAGCUUCAUCAAAGCAGUGGAGUGCGAGCCCCGUACCACCUACGGCCACCUGCUCACCUCCAUGAGGACCACCAUGCGCGCCGGCGCCGGCAACUGCAACCUGCAGGGCCCCAUCGGCUGCUCCAUCAGCAAGGUCACCAACUUCAGCGGCGUGGAGGAGCCCCAGAUGUCUUCUGCUUGCAAGUUUGACAUCAACCGUGAGCCCUUCUGCAUGUAGAAGUAGAACCCGCCCGCGGGUUCGUCGUCGCUGCUGCAAUCGACGACUACUACCUAGCUAAUCGGCUAAUCAUCGACCGUAUCGAGAUAGUCGAACACUACUGGGUUAAAUAACUAUGAUGCUUGCUACUAAUGUGUGUGAAGUAUCACCUCACCUAUCACCAUGCCUUCAAGAAUGAGCAUAGCUCAUAUAAGGCUCUCCAGGAACUUGUUAUCUACGGUAUUGCACGUCUACCUACGUGCAUACCUCACUGUAAUAAGGUUGUGGUGUUGUGUGUCGUCUCAUGCUCGUCCUGUUGAAUAAAUUAAGUUCGAUGCUU